GAAAUUUAUGGGGAUUGUUGUCCUCACUAUGAAGGCAUCUGUUAUUGAAAUGUUCCUUGUUUUGCUGGUGACUGGAGUACAUUCAAACAAGGAAAUGACAAAGAAGAGUAAAAGGCCGAAGUUCACUGUGCCUCAGAUCAGUUGUGAUGUCAAAGCUGGAAAGAUCAUCAAUCCCGAGUUUGUUGUGAAAUGUCCAGCGGGAUGCCAAGACCCCAAAUACCACGUUUACGGCACUAAUAUCUACGCAUCCUAUUCCAGUGUGUGUGGCGCUGCGAUCCAUAGUGGUGUGCUCAGUAAUUCUGGAGGAAAAAUACUUGUUCAGAAAGUUGCUGGACAGUCUGGCUACAAAGGCAGUUAUUCCAAUGGAGUCCAGUCGUUGUCCCUGCCACGGUGGAGAGAAUCCUUCGUUGUCUCGGAAGGUAAAUCCCAAAAGGGUGCAACCUAUCCAUCGGUUCUUACAUAUUCAUCAUCUAAGAGUACAGCUGCCAAAGCAGAUGAGACCACAAAGGCCUAUCAGAAAUCAAGUCCAGGGGCAACUGCACAGACUGCCACUCUGACACAGGUACCAGGAACCAUGGCAGCUGAGGCCACCAGCACCACCUUGCCAAGACCACCCGCCUCUGCAGGCUUGACCACCAGCAGCCCCAGACCACAGCCCGUGGGCCAAAGGAGCCGGGAGCCAGAUCCCUGGCCCACCAUCACCUACACAAGCCGCCAGAACAAGCCGCACCCCAGUCCAGGAUUUGUUCCAAAAGAAGAAUUAAGCACAGAGUCUUUGGAGCCAGUAUCCCAGGGAGACCCAAACUGUAAAGUUGACCUGUCAUUUUUAAUUGAUGGGAGCUCAAGCAUUGGCAAACGUCGGUUCCGAAUCCAGAAGCAGUUUCUGGUAGAUGUUGCCCAAGCUCUGGACAUCGGCCCUGCAGGCCCACUGAUGGGUGUGGUUCAGUAUGGAGACAAUCCUGCUACCCAGUUUAACCUCAGGACCCACAUGAAUUCCCAAGAUCUGAAGACAGCCAUAGAGAAAAUUACCCACAAAGGAGGGCUUUCGAACAUAGGCCGGGCCAUUAACUUUGUGACCAAGAGCUUCUUCUCCAAGGCCAACGGAAAUAGAGGCAGUGCUCCCAACGUGGCCGUGGUCGUGGUGGACGGCUGGCCCACAGACAAGGUGGAGGAGGCGUCCCAGCUCGCCAGAGAGUCAGGAAUCAACAUUUUCUUCAUCACCGUUGAAGGUGCUGUGGAAAGUGAGAAGCAGUUCGUGAUGGAGCCCAACUUUUCCAACAAGGCUGUGUGCAGAACAAACAGCUUCUACUCGCUCAACGUGCCGAGCUGGUUCAGCCUCCACAAGACCCUGCAGCCCCUGGUGAAGCGGGUGUGUGAUACUGACCGACUGGCCUGCAGCAAGACCUGCUUCAACUCCGCCGACAUCGGCUUUGUCAUCGACGGCUCCAGCAGCGUGGGGACGGGCAACUUCCGCACCGUUCUCCAGUUCGUGGCCAACCUCAGCAAAGAAUUUGAGAUUUCGGAGACAGACACGCGGAUCGGGGCCGUGCAGUACACCUAUGAGCAGCGGCUGGAGUUCGGGUUCGACGAGUAUAGCACCAAGGCCGACAUCCUCAACGCCAUCAAGAGGGUGGGGUACUGGAGUGGGGGCACCAGCACGGGGGCUGCCAUCAACUAUGCCCUGGAACAGCUCUUCAAGAAGUCCAAGCCUAACAAGAGGAAGUUAAUGAUACUCAUCACCGAUGGGAGGUCUUAUGACAAUGUGCGAAUCCCAGCCAUGGCUGCCCACAACAAGGGAGUCAUCACCUACGCCAUCGGUGUGGCCUGGGCUGCACCGGACGAGCUGGAAGUCAUCGCCACCCACCCUGCCAGGGACCACUCCUUCUUCGUGGACGAGUUUGACAACCUCCACAAAUCUGUCCCCCAGAUCCUCCGGAACAUUUGUACAGAGUUCAAUUCCCAGCCUCGGAACUGAAUUCAGAGCAAGCAAAGCACCGGCAAGGGCUGCCUUCCCGGCCAGCUCCGGGACCCCUCUGCAGUGCUUCACAGGGCCACCCAGGGCAGCAAAGCAUGCGGGCAUGGAAAGCAGAUGCAUUGUUAUGACUUUUUGCCAGUGGGGUUCUGUGUACUUCAAAAUGUGGAGUAGAAAAUGCCCAUACUUUUGUAAAAUGCACCAAAAUGAUACAUUCAUUUGGAGGGUGCUAUGGUUUUACAGUUUGAGAAUUAUUUUCAAAACAAAUGUUCUGGUAGGGGGCAGCACUUAUCACAGGCUGGAUGAGGGCUUUUCUGAGGUUUUUAAGAUUUUUUUUUUACU